CUGGAAAGGAAUGUUUUUCAUACUUCUAACAAUGAUGGCAACAAACCUGAUGAUGCUACCGUCUCUCCUUCAUCUGUGGUAUUCCUCAUGAACAACUUUGAGGCUAAGAUUGUAUUCAAGGCAUAUGCUGUGAGAAAUGAUCCUUUAAACAAACCAAUUGGAAUUGCUCAGCUGGAGAGUGGCCAUAUUAUUGUGGCAGAUACCUUCAACAACCGCAUGAUGCUGUUUGAUGGAACGGGGAAAGUUCUCGGCCCUUUCUAUUCUUCCUCCUCCUUGUACCAUCCUUCUGCUGUGGUGGAGCUUGAUGAUGGUGGUUUUGCUGUCAAGGACAACCACAGCAUUAUAGUUUUUUCAUCGGAGUUUGAGUGCUGCAAAGUCAUUGCAAAGGGAAAGUUGAGUCGACCUUAUGGUCUAACCGUGAAUGCAGAGGGCCUGUUAGUGACUGUUGAGACUAGCCUGACUGGCAUUCUGACAAUUGUCACCCUGAAUCCAGUCUCAGGCAAUGUGGAGUCAAGGGUGAAAGUGGACUUGGGUCUGAUCAGCUAUGCCAAGAGUGAGAGCAAACCGCGCUUCAUUGCUUGGCAGGGAGAGCACAGGCUCCUAGUAGUAGAUCUUGGCCUGAACUGUGUUUACAUUAUAGACGCCUUUGCUGGGGUGGUUCUAAAGAGGUUUGGGGAGUAUGGCCAAGGCCGUGACCAGAUGCAUGACCCGUCUGGCAUAGUCUGUGAUGGAGAUGGCUUCAUUCUCCUAGGGGACAGCCGAAACCAUCGUGUGCUGAUCUAUGACCCCAAUGGUCAGUACAUCUCGGUCUUGGAAAUGGAUGUACCUGUUCGCCGUCCUUCUGGCUUGUACCUGACCUCGAGUGGCAAUCUGCUCAUACUCAACUACUGGGAGAAUUCUUUGGCAGCUUAUCGCUUUCAGGAGAUUGGGGAUAAUUCUUCUAGUUAG